GCAUUUAUGAUUUAUGUCACAAAGGUCCCAUGUUUGCCUUUUAUCUUAGAAACUUCAUCAUACAUACACCUAUCAUUCAUUUCACAAUCCAGUUAUAAAUUCCUUCCAGAAAUCUUCAAAUUGUACUCAUCUUACAUAUUUCUACUUCAAGAAAAUGAUAAUGUCAGAAAGAAGAAGAGGUUUGAUAAUGUUUAAGCAUUUAAUCAAAAGACUGCAGAAUCUACUUCAAAUCUUGCACACCAGAUUGCCAGAUCUCAAUGCUGGUGAGUUUGAAGAAGUGGAAGAGAACGGGAUGGUACCGGACGAUGUAAAGGAAGGGCAUUUCGCCAUUCUUGCCGGGAAGAACGAGGAACGAGGAGCACAGAGGUUUGUUGUGGAAUUAUGUCUUCUUAAGCAUCCUGCAUUCUUGAAACUGAUGGAGUUGGCUGAAGAGGAGUAUGGAUUUGAACAUAAGGGUGCUCUUGUACUUCCCUGUAGAGCGGAUGAAUUGCAAAAGAUUUUGCAGCAGAUAAUGUAAAAGAAUGAAAAUCUUGGGACAUCGCAAUAUGCUAGUUUAUGUCAGCUCGGUGGUUGAUUUAUUCCACAGAAUUAGAGCAAAAUGAUAGUCAGUAAAAAUGACAUUUUUACAAAUAAAAUGCAGUCAACACAUUGAUGUGUUAUGUAAAACUGUAAGAAAUGUUUGAUAUUAACAAAAUUUGGUCACAUGUACUGUAUUUUAACUGCACUAUAUUUCAAGGAACAUUUAUGCUGG